AUGAAGAGGAUUUAUGAAAUAUAAACCAACAAAUAAUAUUAGCAAUCUUAUUAUUCAUGGAAUCAAAUAAAUAAGCUCAAUAUAAUCAAUAGAGAUAAAUUUAUUAUUGGGAAUUAUUUUUAAUAAGAAGACUAAAAUGUUAAUUUUUUUAUAAUAUAUAUUAUUUUUGUGUUCUAAAUAAAAAAUUAAAAUAAUCUAACUUAGAAUGUUAUGAUUCUUAAAAAAUAAUAUAAUAAUGAAGAUUCUGGUUCAGAAAAUUAAUAUUAAAUUUGA